CGACAAGAUGGAGGAACAUCUUCUCAAGGAGACAAGAGGGGUUUGUUUCGACACUCCCGUUUCUUGGUUUAAGGAGCUGGCGGCCUUGCUAGAACAAGUCCGCAUAGGGGAAACUACUCCCGAAGAGCACUUUCUACGGUUUCGCAAAGGGUAGAUGCCUCCCCACUUCAUACCUCCAACUCCGCCCCGAAUGACCCGCAAACUUAUUCAAACUACUCCCAAUCUCCCCAAGCAUCGCCUUCCCCUCAAACCCUCUCGCAAAUGGACAAUCGCCGCCGCCAAUAUCUUCGUCGAGUGCAAUCCUUAGCACUCAACUCCGCGUUCAUUUUCGCACUUCCCAACACCAUCCUGAAGCACUCGUUCCUCAUGUCUGAAAGCCCUACUUCGCCCAAUCCCACGAGGAUAUUGGCUGUCGACCGCAGGUUUGCGCCCGAGCCAGUGCACACCGCGCGCUCAAACGCGAUGAUGCCGGGGAUACGCGGCCGAUCAUCUGCGUGCGGAAUGUUCUCCGCUCCAAUCAGUUGGAUACACCUGCCCGGCUUGUCCAGCCCGGCAGGUUGCUGCACGGCGAGUUUUGUGAUUUGUGCCGGCACUUGGGAGAACCAGUCGCUGGUGCGCAAGGUCAAAGGAUUUUGUAGGUGGUAUAGGAGUAAUGUGAAAAUCCUGUUGAGAGCCAGGAUGGUGGGUUUUGUAUGUGAAGCAAUGUGCCAGCUUCUCUAGUGUCUAUCGCCAGGUUUUCAUCAGCUCUUGGUGGUCUACCAGAGCUAUCUGGUCUUCCAACUUGCUAAUCAUGUGAUCUGCUGCCGAACUUCAUACAAGCUCUGGAACUAAGUUAGAGCCUGUUAUGAGGCCUUCCUGCUGGUAAGUAGUAUGAAGCCAUUAGAGUUUGACGGAGAUAAACUGUGACGGAAGGUCGCGAUAAUAGUAGAUCAAGGUGUAUGGUAUAGUAACGUUGAAUCUAUGAUGCUGCCGUGCCGUACAGGAACUUGUGGAUGUCGACUAUCUCUAUGAAGGCGGUUUGUUCAUCAUUUCCGACCUCGAUCUUGAUUUGAGUCUCGCUUGAUGCGAGCGCUACACUCGCACUGGCCUCGAGACUUGCCAUGACUUUGACGUACG